AUGGAUGUGGUUCCCCAUGACAGGGACUCUGCACCACUGAAGGAUGAAGAGAAGCAAAGGCUUCUCAAUGCACUGAAUGAUUUGGGUGAACCUGCGGAUGAUUCCGCGGGGACUGAUCAUGCCGCAGACAAAGUGCUGACGGCUGAUGAAGCAUCCGGCGAUACCGACCAUGGUCCCCUGGAUUUUUUCAACAAUUACAAUGCUUUCGGCACUUUUGAGAGGCUCGGAAACGACAUGAGCUGGACAUCAACGCCGCAACUUUGGAAGAUCACGGCUUCAACUGAAAGACAUGAGUGCCACCGACUCAAAAUGGUGAAGAACCGGCGGUUAGAAAAACAGAUUCAGAGUGCCAAGAAGGGCGACACCAGACAGUUCAGGCCAUCAGGCCGUCCUCCAAGGCAUGCCUUUGAGCUGCUAGGAACUGGUGAGCGAGAGAUUGCUGAAGCAAUGUCGUGUUUUGGGCAGACACUCCAGCGUUUUACCUUCGAGAUGUCCACGCGGGAAGCUCAAGCCGAAAAUAACGAUGCAGAAGAGCUCGACCCGAGCCACUGCUUGAUAGUGAAAAUGUUCAAGACAGACAUCAAGCUGAAAAAAACACCUGAAGAGAUUCGAUCCUUUGGGAGACAGAUCCUCGUGCGGGAUGCAGAUGAUACACACUUCUUUGAGAAUGAUUUAGAUGGCAUUUCACUUGUUAGCAGUGUGAACACAUCAGAUGUGAUUCGCUUGGUCGUUCCAAAAGACCCUGACUUGUACGGGCAACUGAUAGGAUGUAUUGGAACAAGUGCAGUCCGAACAAUGGACUUGCAAGGAAGCCAACACCAAACCGUCCAAAUACAGGAUGCUUUGUGUGGUGCUUGGACUGCAGUGCCCGUCAUGUACGUCGGCGGCAAGCUCCAUAUUACGCACAUCGAUGCACGCCAAGGAACUGCCAACGUGGCUUGGACUGAUGAAACCAGCCACAUUGCCGACAUUGCAACGUGGGGAAAUCUCCCUGGACAUUUUCGUAUUGCCUUGGAGGCUAUGAUCUGGUUUUUAGAAGCAUGGGACAUGCACAUGGUGCCAGCAGUUCAUAUCACCAUGACCUCGAAAGCUGUGGGGCUUUCGAUUCUUGCGAAGGAUGUGGCGCGGUGCGACCAAGUGGCCUUGAAGCAGGGCAUUGUUGCAAGGAUGCUGGAAAACUUUGAAGUAGGGUCAGAUUGUUGUGCACAGUUUCCACUUCUUUGGAGCAUCCUGCAGGAAGAGAUUAGGACCAGCAACCCUGAAGUGGGCGCUUCAAAAGCAGCUCUUUUGGUUUUGGGUGGUUCCUGUGAGCUUCGCUUGACACUUUCAGAUGCCCAAUUUACUGUUGAAGUGCCGCCCAAUGCGUUGUCUUCUUUGGACGACUACCUGGAUGAACAGAUUUCUGACUCGAUGGAAUGCCGUGAGGAAGGCAAGUGCACAGGUUUCCAACUCCAACGAUUGGGUGACAUCAAAACAGCCAUUUCCAGCCGCAGUCUGAACCCGUUGAAAACCGCACCAGUUCCUCCCCCUCAUCUUGUUGCAGAUGCUGCAAUGGUGUCUGGCAUGCACUGGCUGGAAAUGGAGGAUUUGGCAGUGUUGCACUUGCUUCGAAGAUGUGGCCUUGUGGCAACAGGCUUUCCGGUCGAUGAAGUCAAUGAUUUACACCGCUCCGGUGGCAUUGUACAAAGAAAAGCAAAAGAUUGCAUUGAAGAGCGCAAUUGUCUCGAGCUGAGAAACAGCUUCCAAGGGGAACUGCUGGGCCUUUCCCGGGCGAAACUGCACAUGCAAAAAGGUGAACUCUCACCCUCCGAUGAAGAAACAAUGCGCAAAUGCCUUGGAUCAGGGGAGCCAUUAUUGGUGUGCUUCUGGUCCCCAGCCAAACGCCUCAGAGCCAUCAUGGCACUGCUUAACUUAGCAGACUUGCCAGAAGGCUGGGCGAUCUCAAAUCUGAGUGAAAUGCCACUGGGACAUUCAUUCACCUUUACAGACUUGGUAAGUGUUGCAACUUCUCAUGAAACAGGACAUGCGAAUCAAGCGCAUGCUGCAAGGACAGGAGUCCGGCUCCUGGUCCGAGCUCUUCUAAGAUGUGGUUUACUCGCCUGCAGCAGCGCGAUUCCCAAAGAAUCUCCUGAGUCCGGAACAGAAUGCUAUGUCCUAAAUAUAGGCCAAAGCGCCUUAGAGAUGCAAAAAUCCCACGACGGGCAACGUACCACCAUCUUGGAAGAACAUGCAAAGAAAUUGGACAGAAUUUUAAGUUCCAGCCAGAGAGGGUCUUGCAAACAAGUAGAUCUGUUUGAAAGAGUGCAAGAACUGAUGCAACAUGCGUUCACAUUGCUGGGGGCGUCUCCAUUGGUCACGUGGAAAAAAACAUUGGCGGAACCUAGUUUGCCCUUGCAACCGAGCUUGGGAAGGUCCUUUGAAGACCCACGGCAGAGAGAUGUGGAAACGGAACACACUGAUGAGAUGUGGCACAAGCUGUUAUGCCGGCUCCGGCGUGAAGACUAUUCUAAAAUUUAUGCCUGGCUGGCCCGAGAGGAAGACAUGUUUCACGUGAUUCCAAGUGAUCAAACGCUUCUUGUUGUGGAGCAAUUCGAAAGAGCCAACGUGGCCAAGACAUUUUGUCAAGUGGCGCGGAUGGCGAAAGAGAGAUUGCACACUGACGAUUUCAGUGUGGAGUUGCAGUUGGAACUGUUGAAAUUUGAACGAGCAGAUCAAAUAUCACGGGCCACAAGUGCUCGGACACACAUGUUGCGGAACAGUUGGGAUGCCUUCGCUUCCAAGAUCACAGCCGAUGCAGAACGGCAAAACAAGAAGGCCAAAUUGUAG